AUGAAAACGUCAACGUCGAACAGUUUUGCGGACGCGAACGCGGACACCAGUGGAAAUUGCAGCGGGAACAAGUGUAGUGCCUCUGAAACUACCUUUACAAAUGCGGCAUCCGUAAUAUGGAUAGAAAAGGAAAAAUUAGAUUCCAUUAUUCACAUCCCCCUGUAUUCAGAUCUGUCAAAGUACGUCUCCGAUUUGAGCAGACACCCGUUGAAGCAGAAGAACGAGGAGGAACGAGGAGCAAUGCUCUCCAAGAUUUUCCUACUCUUUGAUGACAACAGCUGCAACAUUGCCGUUGACAUAUCGGCUCUAUACGAGUCCGACAACAACAAAAUCCCCCUUCUCAUCUACGAACGCUACUACUUCUGGAGCCUCCACUUCUUAUUUGAAAAGUCAAAAAUAAAAACACAGAAAUUAAACAUCUGCUCAGACAUAAAUGGAAGAUACCAAAUUAACAAACUUAACGAAUAUGAUGACGACGUCUACAUGUACACGUCCAUCUAUAACUGUGCAUAUAAUCGAAAUGACGAUGAGAAGAACGUUAGGGUUACCAGUUACUCUAAGCUAGGCACGGACACUUACAAGGACGUGAACAGAGAAUUGACCAUAUAUAACAAGGACUACAUAAAAUAUUUGUACCUUAAUGAUCUUAAGAAUAACGUCAUGAAGGAGAACCAAUCAAAAGGUGGGGGUGAUGGAUCUGCUGGUGGAAAUUCCUUCGAAGCGUUUAAGGGGAGAAUCUCGAGUGGGCAUCCCCUUUUCGAAAAAGGCCUCUACUCCAAAAACGAAAUAAAAUGGUACCGCUUGAAUAUAAAAAUUGAGAGCGUGGAGAAAAAGAAGAAAAACAAAAACCAGUACCUCAGCAAAGGUAAAGGAUUCCCCCUGAGCAGCCAUCUCCUCACUUUCAACAGCUACAACAGCAACAACAGCAAUCGCAACCAUCGCAACAGUAGUGGGAACAGAAAUGUAGACAUCUACCAAAACAGUAAUAGAGUCUUCUCCUGUGAGCGGAGGAGCCUGAUCAAUCCCCACAGUUUUAAAAAAGAAAUGUGUGACCCCACCUUUGACUCAAAUCUCGUGGACAGCAUUAGCCACUUGUCUCUUAUAGACAACGAGGCUACCAGGAAAAAUAUUCACAAUUUAAUGAAGGUACAAAAGAGGUCCUUUUUUAUGUUAGAUCAAGAAAAUGAUAAAAAUGUAUUGGACAUCUCAAACGAUGAAUUCUUGCUGCUGUCCUCAAAUAGAAGGAGCGAAUCUGUCUUAGAUUCCAAUAAGAGGGAGAGCUUAGCUAGCUCUGACAAUCAAACAGGGAAGAGGCGUAAAAGGAUGAACUGGUUCUAUUACAAAAGCAGCAGCAACGAAACGAAUUGCGGCCUUGAUGACGACGAUAGAAGUACAUCUAGGGGCAAUUCGGUCUGCGCGAUGGACCAUGCAGAGUCCUACGUAGAGAAUAAACGGAAAAAGAAAGAGGAGGCUCUGGGCUGUGUACGUGACAGUGGAGACAACAAUGGGGGCGACAAGGGGGAUGGCCCCUGCGGAAGUUUCGUCAUCUCCGACGCCGCGUUCACUGCUAGCAGAAAUCGGGUUACAAAGAUGAAGAAUGUCUAUUCGCCCAACGGAAGGCAGCCGCCGGGUGGCCACGCGCAAUCAGGUGCAGAGGAAGUCGCAGAGGACAACAUCAUCAAUUCGUGCAUACCAGCGGAGAGCAAGGCGUACGUGCGAACAGUCAACGCAGGAGACUCAGACACAGAAUUCCACAGCUUCGACGUUGAGGAAGAGGUGGAUGGCAUGGCGAGCGCUCCAGUAAUAGUAGUAGACCCCUCAGAAAAAAAACAAGAGAAGGAGGAAACACAAAUAAAAACUAAUGCACUGUUCAUUCAUGACAAAAAGACCCUUAGAACCCUAAACCAGAACACAAAGGUGUACCAAGAAAAUGUAGAAAAAUACUACUCUCAAUUUAAGAAUAUAAUAUCAGAACCGUUUGAUCAAAAAGAAGGAAUAGAAAAAAUAAAAAGGAGAAAGGAUCACAACAGAGAAACACAAACGAUGUAUAUAAAUAAAAUUUUAAAAAGUAUUUUGAACAAAGAGAAGUCGCAUUUGAAUUCUCUGUCUAAGAACUUUAAACGAAUUGAAGGAUUCUAUAAACAAAAUUACAAAAUAUAUAUCAUCGAAAGCAAGGAUGACCUAAAUGACAAGAAAAAUAUUUUUAAGAGCGACGAUCAUGCAUACGAUUUGUCUAUCCCUCCAUGUGACGAGAUGAGUCACGAGGUGAGUGAACACCUGAACAUAUUGAACCAGUUUAAAAUAUACCUGCGCAGGUGCAACGGGGAAUAUCUCCCGAGGAAAUAUCAAACGCGCAUCACCACAGAUGUUAGGAAGCCAAUAGGCGCAGGAAAAAACCAAGUCAACUUUCAGGCAAAUGUUAGUUGCACGCACAAAAAGGAAACCGAACAAAGGGCUACUUCAAUGAAGAACAGUUUAACAAAAAUGAUUCCAAAGGGGGGACAACGAGGGGACGUCGCCGUAGAAGCAGCAGCAGAACCAGAAGAAACCUCCACCAAUUCAUCACAAAGGGAAACCAUGACGACACACCUCACAACCCAUAACCCAUCCGACAAUGGAAUCAUAUUUUAUGCAUACAAUAAAAAAAAUCCAACUAGCGUAAAAGAGAUAAAGGAAGGAGAUUCACUCUACAUAAAAUUUGAUGACAACUCAUAUGAUGACUAUGAUAAAAUUAGGGUACUAAAAAAGGACGACCUGCUUCAAAUGCUUAUUUGCCUAAUGAGGAACCCAGAGUAUCUGAAGCUGUCCAACAUAUCUACCUAUUCUCCUGACCUCCUCUGGAACCUUUCCGUGCACUUCAAAAAUGACCCCUACGAUAUGGAGUUGCAUCUGGACAAAAUGUACACCCACUUUUGUAGACGCUAUGACAUAACCUUCCUCGAUGGGAACCCCACCUUUGAUAUCCAGCUAGGGUUUGCGCCCUUGGUGGAGCGACUGGGUCAUGCCAAGUUCGAUUCGCAGCUGGGUCAUCAGCAGGGUGACCGAGCGGAUUUCCAACCGGAUUGCUCCACUGAGUGCUCAUCCGAUAGCCUCUCCGAGUGCUCCUCCGAGGAGGUGUACGAAUCAGGCGCAAAGACAGCAACGGGGAUGCGACGAUUCAAAAGUACAAAGAAAGUCAAGAAAGAAAACCUCAAAGAAAUAGAAACCAUGAAGCUGAAAGACUACGUAUCCUUCAUGGAUAAAUUUCUACAAAAUGUGAAUGCUGCCAAGCUAAAAAGACUUAAGAGCAUACAAACAGAGAACUACAAAAAGUAUGAGUAUGAUCGAACCAUAAACAAACUGAAUAAGCAGAAGCUGCUUGAAUUAUUUGUUGACAAAAAAAAUGAAAUAAAUACUAUUCCUCUUUCCUUUUUAAAAGAACAAAGUAGAAAUAUCAUAUAUGCGGAAAACCUUAAAAUGAACAUGUUCGCAUGUAUCAACAUAAUAUUUGAUGAUGUUAAGGGGAGAUGUAUUUACGCAGCUAGCGAUUUGAACAAAUUUGAUUUUGUCUUUGAAUAUGUUGGAGAGUUACUCACACAUAAGGAGGCAAUGGAACGCGAACGGAAAUAUAAUAGAAAUAAAAAGAAGGGAUGUUAUAUGUUUUACUUUAAGCAUGAAAAUAAAAGGUACUGUAUUGACGGCACCGAGGAAAAUAUCGAUGCGGCUAUCAAUAACAAAGACAAAAAAUACUUCCUGAGAUCCUUUGCUAGACUUGUUAAUCACUCCAAGAAAAAUGCCAACCUCAUUCCCAAGGUACUCACCGUUGCCAGCCGCCCUCGACUCUUCUUCGUCGCCGCCCGCAACAUCAAGGAGGGCGAGGAGCUCCUCAUCGACUACGGCGAGCGCGAUCGCGAGAUCAUCAAAAAUAACGAGUGGCUCAAGGGCUGA